GGCGUUGGGGUUGGCAGUGAUGGCGGACCAUGGGGAUGGGAGGCUAAGGACUGAGGGGAGCGGUGGCGGCGGGGGCGCCGGGGGGCCGCCGGCCGGCGUAGGGGCGCUGGUGUUGGGCGGUGAGAUGCUGCUGGCGCUGUCGCUGCUGGCGCUGGUGCUGCUGGCGGCCUACCGGCUGUACCUGCGCUGGGGGACGCGCAGCGGGCCGGGGGGCGCGGCCCGGGAGGGCCAGGCCGCCGCUCUGCCGCGGAUGAAGCGGCGGGAUUUCUCUCUAGAGCAGCUGCGCGAGUUCAACGGGGCCCGCAACCCCCGCAUCCUCCUGGCUGUCAACGGCAAAGUCUUCGACGUGACCAAAGGCAGCAAGUUCUACGGGCCCGAUGGUCCAUAUGGAAUAUUUGCUGGCAGAGAUGCCUCCAGGGGACUAGCAACUUUCCGUCUAGAUAAAGAUGCACUCAGAGAUGAGUAUGAUGACCUAUCGGACUUAAAUGCUGUACAGAUGGAAAGCGUGAGAGAGUGGGAAAUGCAAUUUAAAGAAAAAUACGACUACGUAGGUAGACUCCUAAAACCAGGGGAAGAACCAUCAGAAUACACAGAUGAGGAAGAUACCAAGGAUCACACUAAACAGGAAUGAACUUUGUAAACAACCAAAGUCAGGGGCCUUCGGAACUGCAACCUCUUAUUCCCCAUCACAGAAUGUCCUGCAUCUUUGGGUACAGUUCAUCUGCUGCGAAAAACAUUCAACAGGUUUUGUACAAGGAAAAUAAUAUACUCACAAAGGAAGAUUUGAAUACUAGACAUUGUUUGUGCUGCCAGACUUUUUGUUGCAGUUUCUUUGUAAUGUCUGGUUAGGCUUUGUUAGUGAAGAGGAGCCAGGGGUUUAAAGGCAAAAACGCUAUUCCUUUUUAUCAGUAAACUGAAGUCUUCAAAUAGUAUAUACUAGAAGCUCUCUAAAAGACCUGAGUCUUCAAGCUCAGUGGAAGGUUUGAAUCUUGUUUCAUGUGUCUCCUCCUUCAGCAUUAAAGUACUUGUGUACAUCAGUAUCAGUAGGUUAGACUACCAAAACUGGUGUUAAAAUGUGAAUUUCCAAUUUUGUUUUGUAUGUGGGCAUUAGUAGCCCUGGCAGAAUACUUCAGUUCUCUAAGAGAAGUCCGUGUAGAUUAGGAUGGGGGUAAAUUCAUCCUUUUCUCAAAAGGAGUGGGUAAAACUGUGUCCUCUGCAACAACUAUUAUCUGAAGCCUGCCUCUCCCCACCUUUUCCCAUCCUCUAAAUGAAAUCAAAUAUUAAUUGUGCCUUAUUUCGCUUACAUAGACUUGAAUUGUUUUAAGGGACGGCCCCAAAAUUGUGGUUUCAUAGUCACUACAAGCAGCAUUGAGACUGAAGUUAGAAUGUUCUGUUGACUGGAAAACCUUGAUGUCAUUCUGUGUAUAGAAUGUAAAAGAGGAAUACUCAGUGUUACUGCCAUAUGUUAAUACUACAUAUACUUAAAUUAGCAUUGUGAUGGCCAAAUGCAUACUCCCAUGCUUCUUUUUAAGUAAUUACAAACACACACAAAACGUCACCCUUCCUCCUCUUCCAGAAGCUGCCCAACUUUUGGGAGCGUAGCCUUCACACCCCUGUAGAGUGAAGGGGCGUGUGUGCGUGUGGAUGUGCGCGUGUCUGUCUGAAUGCAACACUGGGGAGGGAUUGUUUCUGCAGAUAUUGUAAAUACGAGUACCAUUUUAAUAAAGCAUGUACAAUACCAA